AUGCUCUUCAAGACCUUCCUACUCGUCGGCCUGGCUUCAUUCUCCUCUGCUGCCGUCGCUCGUCCCCGUGCCGUGGGUUGUGGAGGAGGCUGCCCCGAGGGCCAAGCCUGUGUCCAAUACGGAGAGAUGAGUGGCAUCAUGCGCUGCGAAGCCAAGCGUGAGCUCGCUGUAGGAUGCGGAGGAGGAUGUCCCGAUGGACAGGCGUGCGUGCAAUAUGGGGAAAUGGGCGGUAUCAUGCGGUGCGAAGCCAAGCGGGACCUCGACAGCAACGACCUUGUCACUCGUCUCGACAACCCGUGUCCCGAGGGCCAGUCGCUACACCCUUAUGGCGGUCUGAUGAAGUGCUUCUGA